AUGGCUGCUACCCUGGGGGUAAAACUAACUCACUCCCAUGUAUAUGCCAUAGAAAACACGACACAAGUACCAACGACUCAGAGACAGCUGAAUGUCAAAGGUCUUUCCUUUGUGAAGUACUGGAAAAACCUGUUGUCAGACAACCUCUUCCCAUUUAAUAAUUCAUCCCAUUUUGGUAUCAGUGAAGCUCCAUACACAGCACUGGCUUUGGACUACGAUUCAAGAGUGGUGAAAGAGAAGUAUGAGCACCAACCCAUCCACCACCAGGAGGAGUAUGAAAACGAGUUGUCCAUCCGGAUAGGUAGAACUUCAUUGCAUUCAGACAAAGGUGAAAAUGGGGAGCCUUAUCAGAGGAGGAAAGGUGCUGGAGGAAGCCAGCUAGAUGUUCCUGCUGUAUCCCACACUCUCAAGGGGAGCACCCCAGCACCAACAAGCAGCAGCUGGAGGAGGAUCAUGCUUCUUAUUUUAGCAAUAACAAUACACAAUAUUCCUGAGGGUUUGGCAGUUGGUGUUGGAUUUGGUGCUGUUGGGAAGUCAGCAUCUGCAACCUUUGAAAGUGCCAGGUAA